AUGAAGAACAGUGACUUGUGUUUCUGCUGCUGGUAGAAGUGAGUUUAGCCUCAUUAGAAGAAAGAGGAGAUGUGAAGCAUGCAGCUCUUCCUGGCUCUCUUCUUCCUGCUGGGAAUCCCCAGCGGGGCUCCAGAAAUUCACUCUCUCAAGUAUUUCUACACUGGAUCAUCUCAAGUUCCAAACUUUCCAGAGUUUGUGGCUGUGACCCUGGUGAAUGAAGUUGAGAUUGAUUACUACGACAGCAACACCAGGAGAAAAGUUCCCAAAAAGGACUGGGUGAAUGAAGCAGUCGACUCACAGUUCUGGGACAGAAACACUGAGAGGCUGAUGGGAACUCAGCAAACCUUCAAAGGAAACAUUGAGACCGCGAAGCAGCGUUUGAACCAAACUGGAGGUGUUCAUAUCUCCCAGCUCAUGUACGGUUGUGAAUGGGACGAUGAAACUGAUGAACUGAACGGAUAUUGGCAAGAAGGUUUCGAUGGAGAAGAUUUCAUUGCUUUAGACCUGAAGACAGAAACAUGGAUCGCUCCAGUUCAACAGGCUGUUCCCACCAAACACCAGUGGGACAAUAACAAAGCUUUUACAGCUCAGCAGAAGCACUUCCUGACCCAUAUUUGUCCUGAUUGGCUGAAGAAGUAUGUGGAGUUUGGUCGGAGCUCACUGAUGAGAAAAGAUCUUCCCUCAGUGUCUCUCCUCCAGAAGACUCCCUCCUCUCCGCUCACCUGCCACGCUACAGGUUUCUACCCUGACAGAGCCCACUUGUUCUGGAAGAAAGACGAGGAGGAGCUCCAUGAGGACGUGGUCAGAGGAGAGAUCCUCCCCAACCAUGACGGGAGCUUCCAGAUGAGCGCUGAUCUGGAUCUUUCAGGGCUCCAAGAUGAAGACUGGGGGAGGUACAGCUGUGUGUUUCAUCUGGCUGGAGGACAGGAAGUCUCCAAGAGACUGGACAAACGGGACAUCAGGACCAACUGGAAGACAAAUGAUGGAGGGUUUCCCACUGGAGCUGCUGCUGGAGGAGUUGUUGCUGCUCUGCUCCUCCUGACAGGCUGCAUCAUGGGACUCAUCGUCUGCUUGAAGAAACGACCUCAAGCCUCUGAAACUUCCUCUUCAUCAGGAGAAGAUCCAGCCGGGAAGAAGAUGUUAGAAACCUCUUCAUGAAAGGAAGAGUCCAGAGAGGCUCCAGUCAUUGAGUCUGAUGGAGCAGGAGCCAAAAGAAAUGAUGGAGAAGUUGCUGAUUGCUCCACUGUGAGCUGCUCUCCAGGACGGGGCUCCUUCCUCCCUGUGGACUGACUUUGCUUUGGUGGAAUCUUGCUGCAGCUUGUGGCUCUUUGAGUGUGUUUGGAUCAGAUGUUUAGGAGGAGGAGGCUCCUGCAGCAGUUCUCACUCUGACAACUCAGUGAAAAUCCUCUUUGGCUUCAAUGGACAUGAAGACAGUCCACACUGGAAAUUCUAACAAGUUCAGUUUACUGGAAAGAAUUUAGGAAAGCGAUUACUUUUGGAAAUGUCAGUGAAAGAACUUCAUUGUGUCCAGUAGAGGGAAAUGAUUCUGACACUAAACAUCACAAACUGAGGCUCAGCUUCAACAGUCUGACUCUCUGGAAACCACUAAAGACCUGCUCUGCUGGACUUUGGCUUUUCUCAUGUUUUCAUGUUGAAGUUGUGGGCGGAGCUUCUGUUGUCCGAGGCUCAGCAGCAUCUUCUGGAUGAAGUCAGAUGUGUUCUUCACACCUUUGGGCUCAUCCAGAUGCAGAGCAGAUAUGAAGCCCAGCAGAAGACACAGAGCUGGAGAGCUUGUAGGAAUCUCUUCAUGACAAUGUUUCCUCGGAGGACGACUGCAGUGCUGCUGAGCUCUGGCGGCGAGUCGUCAGUCUGACUCCAAGAACCCGACAGGAGCCCUGAAGGCUGAAGUCCUGCUUCAACAGAACAGAACACACUUCCAUUCAUUCUGUCAGCACCAGAUGUGUUUGGAGCUCCCAGCAGAUUCAGCAUCAGAGCCUUGUUUCCUGCUGUGACAGCCACACUUCUGCUGUCUGUUCUGCUCAGGAGACGAUAUCUGACUCCUCCUCAGUGUUGGAGGGCUGGACUGUUCUGUCUGAGGCCGUUUUGUGUGGAGCUGUUGAGCCUUUUGCAAGACUGGAAGCUGGAAAGACUUUAGAGGCUGAAAACUGUCCAUGAGGAAAUGUCUUUAAUGUUGUUUUUAUUAAAUUAUUCAAAUAAAUCCUGCUGUCAGAG